AUGGCGAGAGCGUGGGAAACAAGGACCCCGUGGACGCCAGAUAACAAGAUUGAGCUGACCAGGCUUGGGCGGUUGCAAGGGGAAGCCGCGGGCGAGCAAGUCCGCAAGCUGGUUGGCAACUCAAGUGUGCGCUUCUUCUACUCGCCCUACAUACGGACGCGCCAAACUUUGCAAUGCAUCCUCCGCGCCUUCGAGGGCCAGCAGAUCGAGAUCUGCGCCGAGCCGCGGCUCCGGGAGCAGGACUUUGGGAACUUCCAAAACGUGGAGGCAAUGGAGAAGGUCUACAGCGAGCGGCAACAGUUCGGACGCUUCUACUAUCGCUUCCCCAACGGAGAGGCUGGCACGGAUGUCUUCGACCGCGUCAGCGACUUCUGGUCCAGCUUGCUGCGGUCCAUGGACAAGUCCCCAGUAGAGAACCUGGUGCUCGUGUCUCAUGGCCUGCUGAUGCGCAUUUUCUGCAUGGUCUAUUUCCACUGGACUGUGGAGGACGGUUCGAGCAGGUCUGGAACCCUUCCAACUGCGAGGUUUGGGCGCUGGAGAAGGAUGAGCUUCUGGGCAAAGGCAGCUACAACUUGGCCGGGCGCUGGCGCCCCUGCCCCCAGGGCGGUCGCUUCUGCGAGAUCCGCUUUGGGGCAAGGAAGAAUGAGCCGCUGUGGAGCCACAUGA